AACCAGAUUUAUUUAACCUGUAAACAUUUAAUCCAAAUUAUUUACUGUGUUUUAUAUUCCUUAUUUGUAUAUUCAUUUUUCUUUGACGUUAAUUGUAAAGUCAAAUGUGCUGAUACAGGUAGGUGUGUGUGUGUGUGUGUGUGUGUGUGCAAUCCCAUUCAGUAAGAUCAUUAGCUCAUUAACACAAUAUAAGAUAAUUAGGCAUUAUUGUAGGUAUGAUUUUGUAUCACUUCCUGUUCUCACAGAAGGAAACACACACACACACACACACACUGUUUAACUCAGAUGCUUUUAUCCAAAGUGACCUGAGUGUUUCAGGGUUAAAGGUCUUUCUGAAACGGCAGCAGUGGGAUUUGACUUACAGCCUUCUGAUAAAUAGCCUGAAGCUUUAACCACUGAGUGUUAAAUUAUAAUCUCACUACCAUGUUGCGUGGUUUAUUAACCAGCAGCACGUUGUUUUGUCUUCUUGAGUUUUUGUGAGAAUCCUGUUUUCAGACCGAUGGCACAAAACUUCACAUGGCUCACAAAGACCACACGAACACUACAGUGUGCAAGUGAAGCGGGAAAGAGCACCAUCAUGAAGCAGAUGAAGAUCCUGUACCAUGGUGGUUUUACUAAAGAGGAGCAGCUGGAGUUUAAAGCUGUGAUUUAUGGAAAUAUACUGCAAUCGGCACUGGCCAUCAUUGCUGGAAUGGAGAAACUCCACAUUAAAUAUGACACAGAGACAGCAAGCGAAGAUGGUGUGAAGCUACAGAAGUUAGCGGAUUUGGUGGAGGAGGGGACGAUGCCGGCUGAACUGAUUGAGAUUCUGAAGAGUUUGUGGAGUGAUGGAGGAGUUCAGAUCGCUGUUGAGAGAUCAGCCGAGUAUCAGCUCAACGAUUCUGCUGCUUAUUACCUAGGUGACCUGGAUCGGAUCUGUGCUGCUGAUUAUUUUCCCAAUGAUCUGGACGUUCUUUAUGCUCGUAUUAAAACCAGUGAGAUAGUAGAGGAACAGUUCACCUUUAAAGAUCUCAACUUCAGGAUGUUUGAUGCCGGUGGUCAGCGUUCUGAGAGGAGGAACUGGAUUAAAUGUUUUGAGGAUGUGACCUGCAUCAUCUUCUGUGCUGCUCUGAGUGCUUAUGACCUCGCACUGGUGGAGGACGAGGAGGUGAACCGUAUGCAUGAGAGCCUCCACCUGUUUAACAGCAUCUGCAACCAUAAGUUCUUCAGCAGCUCCACCAUCGUCCUGUUCCUCAACAAAACCGACAUAUUCCACGACAAAAUCAACAAAGUGCCGCUGACGGCCUGCUUCCCAAACUACAAAGGUUUGAACACGUUUGAGGAUGCAAGUAACUUCAUCAGGCAGCAGUUUGAGGAUCUGAACACCAACAAAGGGUCGAAGCCGAUCUAUACACACCUGACCUGCGCUGUGGACACGGCCAACAUCGAGAGCAGCUUUAACACUGUCACUGACAUCAUCAUCAAAAACCUGAAGGACUGCGGACAGCUCUGAUCUCUCUCACACACACACACACACACACACGUACACCUCCCGUCAGGCUAGUGAUGACUUCCUAUGACAGAACAGAGCGCUUGUCUCUCUGCUUCAGUCUUCAAUCUAAUCCGGUCCUGUGGCUUUAAGCAAAAUAUUAUAUAAUGAAAGAAUAAAUUAAUAGAUGAACAAAAAAUAAACCAAUAAAUGAUUAAUGAACAAUUUACCCAGAAGGCAUUGCUGGACUCUAACAGCUUUCCUGACUGAGGAAGCUGUUAAUAAACCGGAGCUCUGUGCUAGUGAUUUAGCUUCUUACUGAUCCAGUGCGUCUCUGUAGUGUGUCCCCGUGUCCGGGAAAAUAUAACGACCACAAACAGCUGAAAUGUGUUGUAAUAAUUGUGUAAUUUUCUAAUUUGUGGCUCCUUACUGAAGUUUAACUACAUGUGUGCAAUAAAUGUAGA